AUGGCAGCAACGGGCAACAAUGGCGCCAGUCAUCACGGAGACACUGACGAAACCCAGGUGCCGGGGACUGUCCAGCUCAUCGACAUCGAUGAGCACUUGGCGACUCGGCAUGCCAGGGGACAAAAGGAUAUCAUCUUGGUGCCAACACCGUCUGCGGAUCCUGAGGAUCCCUUGAACUGGUCGCCAGGAAGGAAACGGCUUGCCCUGACUUGCGUUAUGCUAUACACCUGGUUCCCGGGCAUGGCCUUGUCCGUAGUUUACUCAGUACUCGUUCCACUGUCCACGGCGCUGGACGUGAGUAUUGCCAAUCUCAACGCCGGAACUGGCUAUUUCUUCCUUUUAUGCGGAUGGGGCCUGCUCUUCUGGCAGCCUUUUGCUUUGCAAUACGGCAAGAGGAUCACGUAUCUUAUUUCAACCGUCGCCAUGGUUGCCAUCAGCGUCUGGAGCCCGUAUGCUAGAGGCAACGGCCAGUGGAUCGCGCGGAACAUCGUGAUAGGGUUCUUCGCGGCUCCCAUCGAGGCCCUUCCGGAGACUUCGAUCACAGACCUCUACUUUGCCCACGAACGAGGGACAUACAUGGGUUGGUAUGCAUGGAUGCUAGCGAACAGCAAUUUCUUUGCCCCAGUAAUCACGGGGUUUAUCAACGACGGCAUCGGCUACAAGUGGUGCUUCUUCAUUCACGCCGUCUUUUGUGCCGCCGUCUCCGUGUUUCUGUUCUUCUUCCUCGAGGAGACCAACUAUGAUAGGAAAACUGUUGGUGUCAUAGAAGGGGUCCAGACAUCGACUGCCAGCGAUCCUGAGACCGUAAGCCCAACGAGCGAAAGCAAAUCGUCUCCAGAGAAGAGCCUCGGAACAGAUGUCCCCCAGAGUCCAACUGCGAUACCAAACACUGCGUACCAGCGCAAGACGUACCGACAGAAGCUCGCUCUGUGGGACAAGCCUCGCCCUUUUAUGAUGGGCUGGCGCGCCGUACAAAUCCUCAAGUUACUGUCUUGGCCUGUCAUCUUUUACGCCGGAUUCUCCUAUGGGACGUACCUAGUGUGGUUCAAUAUCCUGAACGCUACUGCCUCACUCAUCCUCGGAGGUGAGCCUUACAAAUUCACUCCCGCAAUUGUUGGCUUAUCCUACCUGGCUUGUAUCAUCGGAGUCACUGUCGCCUCUUUAUUCUCUGGCGUCUUCUCCGACUGGUUCGUCAUCCGCCUGGCACGGCGGAACGGUGGCGUCUUCGAGCCUGAGCAAAGACUCUGGCUGUUCGCAGCAGCCACGAUUAUACUCCCUGCCGGAUCGAUCCUAUGGGGAGUUGGCGCAGCGCACGGUGUGCACUGGUUUGGGCUACUGUUCGCCAUGUUCAUGAUAUCGAUUUGUAACGGAAUGGGGGUGACCCUAUCACUCGCGUACCUGGUUGACUCUUACCGUGACCUGUCAGGUGAUGCGCUGGCGACUUGCAUACUGAUUCGCAACACGAUGAGCUUUGCGAUUGGGUAUGGAAUUACGCCGUGGUUGGAAGCCUUGGGUUAUCAGAAUUGUUUCAUCAGUGUGGCAUUUGUUGGACUGGGAGUAUGUUCCGUUUUUCUGGUCAUGAUCAAGUACGGGAAAUCUGCCAGAGAACGGAAACGAGCCCAAUAUUGGCGUGAGGUCAGAGUCAGGAUUGAGAAAGGCCUUGUCCAUUGA